AUGGCUCGUCCGGAUACGGCUGCUCUGGCGUGGGCAGCGACAGUGCUGGGCGGUGACGUCACCGUGGACCGCGGUCUGCGCGAAGGCGGGUCGCCCUGGCUGAUCCGGGCGGCUGGCAAGCCUGCGGUGUUGCGCAUUGCACCGCAGGCGAACUCGGGGAACGUCAGGACCGAGGUAGCCGCGAUGCGGCAUGCGGCGAUGGCCGGUCUGCCAGUGCCGGAGGCCCUCGGUCACGAUGAUGUGCUAUGGAGGGCAACGGAGGCAGUCGAGCGCGUCAAGCCUGCCGACACUCAGGUGGUGUUCGUACAUGGCGAUCUGUGGGAUAGCAACACGCUGUGGGACGGUAUCAAGCUGACUGCGAUUCUCGAUUGGGACGCUUCCGGAAUUGGCUCCCCGGGAAUUGACCUGGGGUCGUUCCGCUUCGAUGCUGCCCUUUGCUACGGCCCGUCCGCUGCGGCGGAGGUCCUGUCCGGAUGGGAAGAGGAAGCCGGGCGUCCUGCACUGGACGUGGCGUACUGGGACGCGGUGGCGGCCCUCGCCACCCCGCCUGAUAUGGGCUGGGUUCAGCCGGCGAUGGCGGACCAGGGCCGUCCUGACCUGACGGCCGAACUGCUUACCGAACGGCGCGAGGAGUUCCUUGACCAGGCCCUGAGGGAGCUGGAGCAGUGA